AUGAGGCAGCGAAGAUGGCUAGAGUUGAUUAAUGACUAUGACUUGGAGUUUAAUUACCAUGAGGCAUGGGAGCUAGAGUCCCGGUUAGCAGCCUUAUCCAUUCGACCUUCAAUUUUUGAGGAAAUUUUUACAAAUCAAGUGAGUGACUCCUUAUUGGAGAAAACGAGAGAGCAGGUUAAAGAAAGGAAAGCUGAAGGAUUCACGAUAUUCGAGGAUGGUAGAGUUCGAUACAAGGGUCGAUGGUGUGUACCUUCUACUUGCACAGAGCUUAAGGAUAAGAUCUUGACAGAGGCUCAUAUUUCAAAGUACUCUAAAGUAAAGAGUGAGCAUAAGAGGCCUGCAGGUUUACCGAGGACUAGGUCGGGAAAUGAUACGUUAUGGGUGAUCGUAGAUAGACUCACCAAGAGUGCUAGGUUCAUUCCGAUAAAUAAUCAGUGGGGUAUGGAUCAGUUGGCUCAAGCUUACCUUAAGCAUGUUAUACGAUACCAGGGUGUCCCUAGAUCUAUAGUGUCUGAUCGUGAUACUAGAUAUGUGUUAAAAUUUUGGGAAGCAUUUCAGGCAGCUUUGGGUACAGAACUUCUUAGGAGCACAUCUUUUCACCCGGCUACUGAUGGGCAAACUGAACGCACGAAUAGAACACUUGAAGAUAUAUUGCGAGCCGUAGCUUUGGAUAGGCAAGAAUCUUGGGAUGAGUGCCUAGAUAUGGUGGAAUUUUCAUACAAUAAUAGUUACCAGACAAGCAUUCAGAUGGCACCUUUCGAAGCUUUAUAUGGUCGUCGUUGUCGUCCGGCUAUGUUAGAGGAGAUGACUGAUCAAGUAAAAAUGAUUCAAGAAAGACUUAAGGCGGCCCAGGAUCGGCAAAAUUCCUACACAGAUCUUAAGAGGAGACCUGAUGAGUUUGCCGUAGGGGAUUAUUUGAAGCGAUAUGUUCCCGAUAAAUCUCAUAUGCUAGAUCUCGAGCCCUUAGACCUUGAUGAGAACUUGUCUUAUGAGGAGAAACCUAUCGAGAUCUUAGAUUCUAAGGAUGCAACGUGGGAAACUGAGGAUUCUAUGCGUGAGAAAUACCCACACCUUUUUCCUGAGUUUCGGAUGUAUGUCCGUAAAUCUACUUCUUUUGUAGUCGUUAAAACCGAUACGUUAACACUGGAAGCACGAUCCGUUUUGGAGUUGAUGAUUUGA